GCAAUAACCUACCAACGAGUGAACGAUGGGGAAGAUUAUUCAAUUCUUAAAAGUUAUAAGAAAUAAUUGGAAGAAGUCUGUAAUUGGUACGGUUGCUUUCAGUUACGGGGUAUCUUAUGGGAAUGGACGUUAUGAAAUCGAGCAACUACUAACCCAGUAUUGCGAGGAAGCUAUCCGGUUUGGAGAUGAUUCCUUGCCUUCGACAGCAAAUCCUCGACACGUGACUGUAAUUUUAAACCCGGCAGCGAAUGGAAGGAAAGCAAAGAAAGAAUUUGAAAAGUAUUGCGAGCCUUUAUUACAUCUCGCUGGAAUAGCAGUAACCAUACUACAAACUGAAUCGGAAGGGCAAGCACGAUCAUUAAUUGAGAAUUUAAAUACAAAUACAGAUGCAAUUGUUGUAGCAGGAGGAGACGGGACGUUACUGGAUGUUGUUACUGGUAUAUUCAGAAAGUAUGAAGGUGACGUUUCAUCUGUAAAACAUUGUCCGAUAGGAAUUCUUCCUUUGGGUCGAAAGAACAGAACUGCCGAUUCCCUGUUUCAUGGGGACGAUGAUAAUACCAAAGUCCAAGAAAUGAUAGAAGCUACUAUGUCAAUAAUCAAAGGACACACUCAGUUAGUUGAUGCUGUCGAAAUUCAACCUCUUGAAAAAGAUCUUGAUAAUCCCAUGAAGCCAAUUUAUGCUGUUGGAGCUGUAGAAUGGGGAGUGUGGCAAGAUGCUACGGCUCGUAUCGAUAAAUAUUGGUACUGGGGAAUGCUGAGAAGUUAUGUAACGUACGUGUUCAGUGGAUUUAAAGAAAACUUAAAUUGGGACUGCUCUGGUACGCUGUGUUACACGGAGCCAUGCAAAGGAUGCUCGCGUUGUUACCCCGAUCAAUUCUCUCAAACAGGACGGUUAGGGAGAAGGUGGUGGCAUGCGUUUUUAAAAAAACCGGAAACAAAUACUGAUCCUGUGAUAGACUACAGUAAGAUAACGAAUGAAAAAUGCGGCAUACUCCACGACUUACAGAUAUCUGCUUCAGAAGUGCAUUUUUUUACAAGGACAACUACCCGUUCAAAGCAAACGGAUACUCCGGCGAUAAAAGUGGAAAUUGGGCCCAAAGACGUGAGUUAUCUGUCUUUCGUUGUCGAAGGAUGGAGAAGAAUCAAGGGAAACAAAACCCUGAUUAGUGAUACCUUUAUGGCAAAAGACAUUGAACUUCAUCCUAAGAAAGAUCCAAAGUACCCCGAUAAGGAACAGUCUUUCUACAUUGAUAACGAAGAAUUCGAUUUAAAACCGAUUAAAAUCCGACUGCUACCACAGUCUGUGAAACUGUUUUCUAAUUAACCCAUGAACCAAUAUAAUAAGCAAUCUAGAUUUUAGUCGUGCAUAAAACAAAAGUUUUAUAUCUACGUCUUAUUUUGUAUUCGUAGUUUAACGAAAAAGAAAAAAUAAUUUAACUUAAACGUUA